GGCGGCGCUGCGCGGCCGCCGCGGGAGCGGGUGCGAGCGGCUUCUCCUGGUACUGUCCGCAUCCCCCCGCGGUCAUGCCCGCCAGCACCACGGGCUCCACGCUGCUGCAGCCGCUCAGCGUCGCAGUGCGCCUGCCCAUCGACCAGGUCAACUUCGUAGUGUGCCAACUGUUUGCCUUGCUUGCAGCUAUUUGGUUUCGAACAUACCUUCAUUCAAGCAAAACUAACUCAUUUAUAAGACAUGUUGUUGUCACACUUUUGGGCCUUUAUCUUGCAUUUUUUUGUUUUGGAUGGUAUGCCUUACAUUUUGUUAUACAAAGUGGAAUUUCUUACUUUAUCAUGGUCAUAAUAGGAGUGGAAAAUAUGCACAAAUGUUGCUUUGUUUUUGCUUUGGGAUACCUCACUGUGUGCCAAAUUACUAGAGUCUAUAUAUUUGAUUAUGGACAAUAUUCUGCUGAUUUUUCUGGCCCAAUGAUGAUAAUUACACAGAAGAUCACUAGUUUGGCUUUUGAAAUUCAUGAUGGAAUGUUUCGAAAGGAAGAAGAACUGACUCCAUCGCAGAAAUGCUUGGCUGUAAGACGCAUGCCAAGUCUACUGGAAUAUUUAAGUUACAACUGUAAUUUCAUGGGUAUCCUGGCAGGCCCGUUAUGCUCUUAUAAAGACUAUAUUACUUUCAUUGAAGGCAGAUCAUACCAACUGCAACAGUCUGAAGCAAAUGGGAAGGAAGAUAUAAAAUAUGAACAAACGGAUCCCUCUCCAAAUAUAGCUGUAAUACAGAAACUCUUCGUCUGUGGACUGUCUUUAUUAAUUCAUCUGACUGUUACAAAAACUUUACCUGUGGAAUAUAAUAUUGAUGAUAACUUCAGAGCUACAGCAUCUUGGCCUAUACGGAUUCUCUACCUGUACGUGUCUCUUAUGGCUGCCAGACCCAAAUACUAUUUUGCAUGGACUCUAGCUGAUGCAAUUAAUAAUGCAGCAGGGUUUGGUUUUCGAGGCUAUGACAAAAAUGGAGCAGCAUGUUGGGAUUUGAUAUCAAAUCUGAGAAUCCAGCAGAUCGAGUUUGCAACAAGUUUCAAGAUGUUUCUUGAUAACUGGAAUAUUCAAACAGCUCUUUGGCUUAAAAGAGUAUGUUAUGAGCGAGUGACCUUCAGUCCUACAAUCCAAACUUUCAUCCUUUCAGCCAUUUGGCAUGGUGUGUAUCCAGGAUAUUAUUUAUCAUUUCUAACAGGAGUGCUGGUGACACUAGCAGCACGAGCCAUGAGAAACAACAUUAGACACUACUUCGUUGACUUCUCCCUUGUUAAGCUGUUCUACGAUAUCAUAACAUGGAUGGCAACUCAAUUAGCAAUAAGUUAUACAGUUGUGCCAUUUGUGCUGCUUUCUGUAAAACCAUCUUUCACAUUUUAUACCUCCUGGUAUUUUUGUCUUCACAUUGUCUGCAUUUUAGUGUUGUUGCUAUUUCCAAUGAAAAGAACUCAAAAAGGAAGAAAAGAGCAAGAAAGUGUGCAACCCUCAUGUUCCAAAAAACUAAAGCAGGAAGAAAAUGCUUUCCAACAGAACAGUUAUUCCACAACAACUAAUAGUUUCAAUCAGAAGCAAGAAGUAACCCGCAGAUAUCCAUCACAGAAACAAUGAUUGAGGAAUACUAUGAUGAAUAUAUUUUGUAUGUUUUCAAAAUCCAUUUUUAGCACCUUUAACAGGGUUUGUAUUUGUUUGCAAAGAUGUUUAGUAAGAAAAGAAUGCAUUUCCUAGGAAUAUCACAUACAAUGGUAAGACUAGAAGCAAAGCAAAUUAAUCCCUCCCAUGUCAUGUCCCUGUGGGUCAUGCCUUGUAUAUGAAAUAUUACCAUUAUUUCAAUGGGUACUCAGGACUUACAGCGUAUGUCCAUAGGGUCAUAUGUGUGCCCCUUUGCUGAAUGUACGUUGUGCAUCCCAAGGCACUGAUGAGGUAGAAAACGAUGAUUAAUCUAGAUUAACAUAUGGAAAGAAAAUUUUCCAAAUGAAUGACUUGCCUUAAACCCUCUAUUUACUGAAAUAUCGUUUUUAAGUGGUAUUUUCAUAUUUAAUAUUAGGUGAAAAUCGUAUGUCAGAAAAAUUGGAUGAUAUCAAAAAGAACAGGAACAUGACAUUGGAAAUCAUGGAAAGGAUCUGUAUCUUUAAAAAGCAUUGCAAUAAACAUCUCAGUAUUUGGAGGGUUUUCUUAAAGUAUCUGAAAUUUAUAGUACAUUGCAGAACUGUAAACAUUACUGAUGCCAAAUUAGGUUAGUUUGAGAGAGAGUCUAAUUGUAAAGAGCCCUUCUGAAAAGAAUUUUUAAAACUAAAGAUUUACCUUUUCAGAGUGGAUAACUAUUCUGGAUUCCUUUUAUUUUUAAAGUGAAGUUUCUAGUUAGAGACAAAAUGGCAGCCAUAGUAGGACACAGAUGAAGACACUGUGUAAACACCAGGCUUUGGGUACAAGUUCUUAUUACCCUUAGGUACAAGAAUUUCUUAUUUUAUUUAAGUAUUUUACAAAUAUUUACUUUGAAUAUCUUAAGAGGAGUAAGAAGAAAUCAUUCAGAAGUUUAUCGGACAAAACGGUUAGUUGAAAACACUUACAGAAUCAAAAAUAGCCAGAUUACCUUGAAGUUAUAGCUCUAGUCCAUAGAAAGAUUAAACUACAAUGUUUAUGAGCGAGAGAGCACUUCACCUUAGAAAUAUCCUGCAGCCUAAAAAGUCUGUGGGCUCUAAGAAUUAUUUUUUUUAAAAGUAGAAUGUCAGAAAAAGAAUUCUCACACGUUUUUAGAUAAAUUGUGAGAAACUAAUGUUUGGGAAUAUGAAUCUGACAAUUCAUUUUGAUAUUCAAUCAUGGGAAUUAUCCUGCAAUUAUAUCUAUUAAAGACCAUUUAUUGUGAUAAUGGUCCCUGCUGGAGAAAUGUCCUAAAGGGCUACAUUUUAUUUGAUUAUAUUCUAUAUUUUCAUAUGAUUUUUAGUAAAUGAAAAAACUGUUUAUUCACAUAUUGUUUUAACUUUAAAAUGUAUACACAAGAUGCCAGGAAGAAGUAAUGAAACUUUACACACGAGAUGAAUGAUUUAUACAUUUCUUGUUUUGGUUUGUUCCUUUGCGGUAAAGAUGGUCCCUCCAUCACCCUACCUCCUCACCAAGGAAAUCUCCAAUAAUGAAGAGCGUACCGUGACUCUUCAUUUAGAUAGCUCUAUUCACGAGAUUAUAUAAGCAAAUGUGUUUUUGCCAGAAUGCCAGUGCAAUACAAUCUUCUCCUUUUUAGUAAGCUGGAAUUCUUGUUUUGUUAUGGAUGCCAAUAGAUGUGAUAAGGUUUAAAGAGGCAUUUGGCUUUAGUUAUUAAUUGCAGUAACAGUUGUCUUGCUAUAGAAUGGGGGUGUCAAAGACAUGGCCUGCAGGUUGUAUCUGGCCCAUGGUUAUGUCUGUGCCUGGGGUGUGCGCUGCAUGCGGCACCUGUGCUGGAGUGGCCCUGCGUGCUGGAUUUGGCACUGAUUUAGAUCAGGCCCACAAACCAUGGGCCUGGGUUAGAGCUAGCAUGCAGGGCCAGUGUGGCACGGACACCACAUGUAGCAUGUGGCCUGGAGUGACCCUGCAUGUUGUCCUCGGCUAGGGCUGGCAUGUGCUACACGUAGCAUGUGGGAGCUUGAGUUGGUAUGCUGCGUGCAGGAUCCAGGGCUGGUCUGGAUUGGGCCCAAGGUGGGCCCUGCCUGCUGGAUAUAGUGCACAGGGCUGGCCCUGCACACUCUGGACUGGCCCCAUGCACUGUGUAGUGCAUGUUCUGGAUUGUUCCCAUGUGUCGUGUAUGUGUUGCGUGGGGCUGGAGCCAAUGGUUUAGUGUGCAUGCUGCAUAUGGCAUCUGUACCUGAGGGAUGGCUCCAGCAUGUGUGGACUGCCUGUGGUCUCAAUCCAGCCUGUAGGCCUGUGUGCAGCCUACCAACUCUAACCCCUGUGCACCAUGUAAGGCGUAUGCCAGCCCCAGCGCAACAUGAGGCUGGGUGAGUUUGACACCCCUGCUAUAAAAGAACAAACACACUCUCAGAAUUGAGCAGUUUGGUCAUGUCAAUACAACCUGGAUUGGUCCUGGAAUUCGAGGGGAACUGGGAGAGAGUCUUAUUCCAAAACAUGGAUAGGAGGGAACAUAGGCAGCUAAAACCUUUAGGUAAAUAUACCGGUGAGCACUAGCAGAGAGAUUGCUGGUUUUAAAGUUAGACAGGACUGCCUGUUCCUGCAUUUACUGUGCUGGUAUUUUUUCUAAUUUUAGAAAUCCUCAGUGUUUUGCCAUUGCUGCAUAAAACAAAAAGGACUGUAAAUCUCCUUAGUUUUGGAUAAAAUGUCUGCUGAAAUAGUGCCCUAGAAUUUUAUCACUUUAUGAUAUGCCAAUUUAUGAAUAAGAAAAUAGGGCCAAAUUUUGCUCUCAGUGCAAAUGAAUACCUCCUGGGACUGCAGUGGGAGUUGAUUGCUUGUCCCACUGCAGUAUUGGGCUCUCAUGAUUAGAUUAUGUUUUUCUUUGUCUUAUGUUACUUGUCUGUUUUGCUGUAUCAAAUGAAACAUCCUGCACUAAAUCCAGUUCAUGAAUUUAACUAAAAAUCCAAGAGGAGCCCUUGGUAAAGUUAAUAAUUUAAAAAAUGUCUUCAUAUAACAAUAUUUAAAUGUAAUAUUUUCAUUUAAAGGGAUAUCACUUCAAUCAUUUUGGUGACUAUUUUACAGGGAGUUGUAUUUUAAUCUCUAAGAAGGACUAAGCUUGAAAUUUAUUGGAUGCUCAAAGUAACCUGUUUUUAAGUACAGUACUUAGUCUCCUUUGACUGACAGUUCACAUAUCCCUUAGGUAAAGGAUGUGGGUGUUUUGCAUAUUGUGACAGUUGUUCUGGGUACUUGAUAAGGAACUAAUGCUAGUUUUCAAUGUAGUCCCCCACGGAGUAACUAUUCACUAUUUUUUUUUAAUGUUUUAUGCUCAUACAUUCAUUGCAGAAAAUUUAUAUAUAAAAUUCAUCUGAAUGAUACCUACUUAAUAUUGCUGUGGUAAAGGCAUUGUCAGUUUUACAGUUAUGUCCAUUUUAUUCACCCAUAGACGUUAUUUCUGCUGAUACUCACCAUAUAGAUUUUCAGU